AUGUAACAGGCCUUUCCCACUGUUAUUUCUAUGUUUCAGGUGUUUGUGUCAAACAGAAAGGAGAUGCUAAUACAGAUAACUUUCCAAUAAUUGAAAGUGCAACCUCCUAUAAAGUUGUGGUCCACUUUGACAUUUUAUUAGUCAUGGUGUUUUUCAAAUCCACAAAAAGAGAAUUUCUUCUAAAGAAAAGCCACAUCUUUCUCGCCAUGCAAACAGAUUGUUAUCAAAACGUCACUUCGCAAAACACAACACCCUUAUUUUCUAGAACUAAGUGCUAUCUAGCUGAAAUACACCCUUGACUUAAGAGCAUAGGCUAAAGGGUGUAUAUUAUUUUAAGUACUAUAUUAAUGGGGGAAUCUGCACUUUAUUUUAAUGGCAAAUCUUGUCAUUUUGAUUUCAAUUCUUUCACAGCUAUAGUGAUGAUGGGAUGUAUGACCCACCCUUUCGUAGCCUGAUCCCACACUGUAGACUGACGUUUUUUCAAAUCCUAUUACUUUAAUAUGAUCAUGUUUAUUAGGCUAUAAUCUGUUUCUUCUGAGUUCCCCUGCUUUUUAGAAAUCCAAUACUCACAUGCUGGAGCACCCUCUUUGAAAAGUUUUUUUAGAUGUUGCAUCAGCAGGACUGUACCGAAUACUACUAAUAUCACCAGUAUUAGUUUCCAGUUGUGGCUGUGUAGGAUUGUUUCUCGUGCAAUCCAACGGUUUCAAAACUCUAAAGCCUGGUACAGUCCAUAAGUAAAAAUGUAUAGAACAAGAUAAAAGGUAUCCUUACAAUUGCCCAAAUGUUUUUUGUUAAGCCUUUUAAAGGAAAAUAAACACGUUUUACUGCGCUUGCCAUCUAGCUUGCCGCUUGCACUGUUCUUUUAGAAAGUUGAUUCCAAAUACACACUUCUUUUAAGGGCAAUGACAUCAAUAAAGAUGAAAAUGUUUUAUUUAUUUAUUUACCUAAAUAUAAGCUUUGUAAAAAAAAGUUGUCAUUCGGUACAACCCUAUGCAUCAGGUACGAUAAUCCAAUAAUAUAUUGCAGUGCAAUUCAUUCUAUAUCUCUUUUGAAAUUGCAGAUUUCUGCUACUAAUCCUUUCAGAGUUUGACAUCUCUAUACUUCCUCCAUCAUUGCCGUUUUAAAAGUUUCUUUGCUGGGACCUUCUUGAUGUGACCUGUCCAAGGUCAGCGGUCACUGAAUGUUUACACCGAACACCCAACUAUGUAGCCGGAGGAGUGUGGAGUGGGUGGGCCCUGCGAUGAUGUGCUCACAAAGUCCACACUGUCCAGACAGUCCUGUGCACACCUAGUCCCACCCCUUCUCUCACCCCUCAGUAGCCUACCUCUCCCCCUGCUGCGCUCCCCUGUACUCUUCUCCUGCUCCUCUUCCAGGGUCAGCUACUCGUUUGAAGUUUGAGGAGUUUCGGAGACGCACAUCUCGUUCCUCGCAGCCACCAUGGUUCACAGCAGCAGUAUCCGCAGAUUCCUCCUCCUGGUGCUCCUCGGCCUCUUGGUCGCCUUUGUACACACAGACAUAGUUGCAGACUCAUCAAUCAGAGACACCCAGGAAACCAUGUCCGGAGAACUACCCAGUGACGUGACCACCAAAGACCCUAACCAUGACACGACGGAGCAGUCCUUCACCUUCGACUACGAGGACAACACACAUUCUCCAGACCUGCUCGAUGAAGAGUGGUUGCUGGGGCCAGGGGCCAUCACAGCCGUUGUUAUAGCCGUCUUCCUGGGAGCUUCUGUCCUCCUCGCCCUCAUCGUCAUCACACUCAGGAAGUACACCGCCUCCUAGAGUGAAAAUAUCCCAAUCUUAUGUGCCUGUGUUCGUGUGUGUUUGUAUGUUCUCUGUCCCCUCUCAUCUUAGUCUCUCAACUCUUUUUUGCAAAUAUGAGUGUCUUUUGCUUCCCUGUAGAUGCUAUAAAUUGUGGCAGGUCCCGUGACUGACUUACAGUUUUUCCUAUAAACACACUUUAAAUGUUGCUCAACAUGUCCACUUGUUACUGCAGGUAUAAUGUUAGAAACUGGCUGGCUCUUCCAGUGGAAAUCAUAGCAUGUCCAUGUCAUUCACUUUGUAUUUCCUGUUGAUCUUGCAUGCUCUAAAGGGCCUUUAAUGUUGUGGGCUGUCUAUUUGUACAUGAAGUGUGUGUCUGUGCUUUCGUCAGUGUCUGUAUUGUACUUUUUUCAUUCAAAAAGAAAGAUACAUAUGAGGUUUUAUUUAGUCUUAAACCAUAAUUAUGCUAAAAUCAUGUCUUAAAAUGUCCCUUGGUGUCACCCUUAUACAAGUUUGUAUUGCACCAUUUACAAACAUUUGUCCAAAUAAGAAAACAUUUAAGAAAG